ACGAAUGCGGGAAUGAAAUUCAAAAUCUUUAACUUUUUCUCUGAUUGUUGCUUUGAAUUUUUGUGGUGUUAAAAUAUGUGCUUUGUUUGUUUGCUUGGAAAGAUAAGGUAGAGCUGAGCCGUAGAGGGAUAGAGGAUAAUUAAGUGAAAUAGUUAGUGAAAGGGCUAAACUUUGGAAGUUGUUAACUUUUUAUUUGGAUUUUUUGUUCUGGGUUUGUUGGUAAUUAAUGCAUGUUGGUGCAGUUCUUGUGUUCCAUCGAUGAGAAAUUUUUGAGGGAAAAGAUCGAGAAAGUUUAUGGUUUGUGGUUUGGAAAACUGAGGGACAGAGGAGGAGAAGGAAAUGGCGGAUGUUAACAGUCGGGUCGGGUCGGGUCUCAUGACCCGUUAACUUACUCGUGUCGUGUUCGGAUUUCAACCCGAUUAAUAAUCGUAUCGGGUUUAGAUGACGUAAACCUUUAUGUGCUUUUCCCAUUUCAUUUCGUGUGAUGACCAUCCUCCUAUCCUAUACUAUCAACGUAUGUAUCUGGAUUAGAAACACUUGAACGCAAAAGCGAGAGAAUGGCAGCUGCAGCCUGUUUGAACUAUGUAGCACCAGGCACGCUCAAUCUCCGGCUGAAGCAGCAAGAACUAAGACAGAAGUGCUUGAUAGAUAUAACGAUGAUGGGAAAGAGAAACAUGAUGACGAUUGGACUGAAAGGAGGAUAUGGUAAGGCAAAGAGAAGGAUUGGGAUGGUGAGAUGUAGUGGCAGAGGCAUUGGGGACUUCAUAGGAGGGGAUUUGUUGAAAUUUGAUCUGGGCCGUUGGCUGUCUGACGUUGAAGAGCACAAAGCCAUUGCCAUAUACACCCCACACGAGGGAGGCUACGAGGGCCGCUACCUUAACCGACUCAGAUACCAGGGCUACUAUUUCCUGGACCUCAGUGCCCGAGGCCUUGGAGAUCCCGAGACCACCCUCACCAAGAUUCACCCCGUUUGCCCUGCCCAUUUAGGGAAACAGCCCAUUGUAAGGUGGUAUUUCCCACCAGAGGUUGAUUAUAGGCUCGCUGCACUACCUCCUGAUGCCAAAGGACUUGUGGUCUGGAUAAUUGAAGCCAAGGUUCUUUCCAAGUCGGAAUUGCAGUUUCUCGCUUUGCUUCCCACGCUGCGCCCUAGAGUCAGGGUCAUUGCUGAAUGUGGUAACUGGAGAAAGUUUGUGUGGAAGCCACUCAAAGAAAUUGUGGAACUAUAAAUGAGAGAGCGUGACAACACAAGUCAACAUAGAGGAAUGUCUAAAUCCACUAGCCUUGAUGAUGAUGGAGCAGGUAAAGGGGUAGACAGACCGAUAGACUCUGGGAUGUCCAGAUUGACUCUCAUGGAAGGGCCUGUUGUAUGUUUGAUGUCGAGAUUUGAAACUGCUGAACUUCAAGUCUUACUCUGUCAAUCUGCUCAGUAAGUAUAUAAGAAAAAAUAAGCAGCGUCUGCUGGUCUAAAACAUUGAUCAUAUGUCAGCUAUACUUAGGAGGAGAUUAAAAGCACAAAAGUAGACAGCUGCCCUUACUAGUUCAAUGUGAUGAAUGGAUGAAUGUGCAUCAGCAGUCCCCUUUGCAGAUCA